AUGUCUGGAGGCGUGCACAACCUGCGAGCGAUGUUCGAGAACAAAAAUUCCGAGGAACGACCUGAGGAUAGAGGACGUUCUCCUGGCGGAAGUUCCAUGGGCGGUGCUAGCACAGGAACUUCACCUCGACCCCUUUCUAAAGUGCGAACCAGCUUCGUAGCAGUAGAACGAAGCGGACAAUUAGGGAAUCAGAUGGGACUGCGAAGAGACACCAGCGGAGAACCUAGCAUAUCACGAAGAAGAAGUAGCUUCAGUAUCGAGGGCGAAAGCACACGAGAUAUGUCAGAACCGAGGCAGGCAACGCGGCCAGACAUUGGGAAUCGACAGCGGAGCUCCCUUGCUGAGGAGACAAUCGCAGAGUCUCCAAUUGAGAAACAACCUCUGGACACGAAGAUGCAGGCGGCCAAUGGAUCUCCGAAGAAAGGGGAGGCCGUGAAUCCUGUGGCCAGCAAAACCGACGAAAAGCCUGCCUCCGCAAAUGGUACCACGUCUACUGCCACCAAGCCCAACGAGAAACCAGCUAUGAGGAAGGUGACUUCCAAGCCGGCUUCUAUAUCCACUGCGAAGCCUUCUGCCGCAUCCAAGCCUUCGCCAAAUAAAAGUCUGAAGUCACCAGCACCACCAAAGACACCGACCACACCUAGUAGGGCCACAAAAAAGGAACCGCCUACUAAGGCCCCAGCACCAAAAACAUCCAAAGCUUCCGUAGCACCCAACCAUACCUCCAAGCCUACAUCCAAACCUUUAAAAGCUUCGGUUCAGGGCUCAGCACCGAAGACACGGAUACAAGAGUCACCACCCCAGACGGGAUUCAAGAAACCUCGCCCAAAAUCUCCAACUCGGCCAGUCAAGCUUCCGGCAUCAUUGACAGCCCCUACUGCUUCUUCUGUGUCGAAGACCACUGUGUCUCCGCCGGCAGCAGCUCGACAAUCACUUAGUCGUGCAUCUGGCAAUACUCAGCACACAAAUUCAUUAGCUGCCCAUCAUGCCGCUUCGCGAUCUCCCAGCCGCGCCAGUGUUGCGACAACGAAGUCCACAUUGGGCCGCAAACCGUCAACUCUGAAGCAAAGCAGCAACCGGCCUUCGCUUGGUCCACCACCAGCUGCCAUAAAGAAGCAGCCUUCUCGAACAAGUCUUCCUCACCAACCCGCACCGGCUGACGAUUCUUUUCUCGCUCGGAUGAUGCGCCCAACAACUGCUUCGGCUUCGAAGACCGCUGAAAAGCCAGCCACGACCUCUCCACCGAAGAGAGCUCCAUCAGUUAAACGGCCUAUUACGAGAGAUGGGCUAAGCAAACCAAAUGACUCUUCCAAGGGCAGUCCGGCCAGAAAGAUUAGAGACCAUGUUCCUGCUAAAGUCUUGACAAAGUCAACAAAGCCGAUGGAGAAAGCUUUGAAGACGCCCACAUCAACGAUUGCUUCUGCUGCAACUAAGACGACUCCGAAGCGGGACCCCAAAACUUUGAAGAAAGCAUCAUCGGCGGCAGAGCCAGCCAAACCUUUGCCAAAGGAAAAGAAACCGGUUGAGGGAAAACCUCAAGACACGAGUUCCGUGGAGCAACCUGCGAUAUCCGAAGAAGCCGCAGAAGCUGAUGCUCAGCCAGAGCCUUCAACAGAUAAAGCUCAAGCCGUCGACGAGCAAGCAGCCGCGGUCGAAGAGUUAGCAAAGGAGGAACCGACGAUUCCUGAGACCAUCCAGGAAGAGCCUGUCGUGGAAAAAUCAGAAGUCAGCCAGGAAGUAACCUCGGAGUCUGCUAAAAAGCCUAGCAUAGAGCCUGUUGGUGUCAAAGGCGAAGCUCCUAAAGUGGAAAAGGCAGAAGCAGUGGACGAUAACGCAGGCAAAGCCGAUGUUAAUGUUUCUGAGCCUCAAGACCGUGAACCUUCUGCGGAUGAAGCGAGGGCCGGUGUCGUUGACGAUGAUGAGGAGGAGGAGGAAGAGGAAGAGGAGGAAGGGGACGAAGAGGAGGAAGAGGAGGAGGAAGAUUCCACCAAAGAUGUCGAAACACCGAGUUCUUCUUCCGAUAUGAAGCAUGAUGCGGAAAUCGCAGAAGACCCCGAAGACGCUAAGGCUCGCCAGGAAGUCGAGAGACUUAAUGCCGAGUUCGCGAAACUUGCUGUCGAGAAGGAGACUACAGUCUCAUAG